AUGCAUCGUCUCUGUCUAUUCGCUUUGAUCGCAGUCGCAUCUGCUGACGUCAUCUUCGACGGACCAUGCCCUACUGUGAAGCCGAAAGAAAACUUUGAUUUCUCCGCUUAUCAAGGAACCUGGUAUGAAAUAGCACGUUAUCCUAAUGCUGGUGAAGAGGGUACUAGAGGCAAAUGUACAGUGGCUGAAUACACGGUCUUUGGAGACAGCGGCAAAGUUAGGAACAGCCACGUCGUUGAUGGAAUACAAUCCUUUAUUGAUGGCGAUUUGACCCUCGUUGGACCCGCACGAGUUAUGCUUACAUAUACUUUUGGAGGACUAUCAAAAAAUUCUUACCUCACUGUACUAGACACCGACUACACAAACUACGCCAUCGGUUACAGCUGUAAAUACUUCCCCGACGGCAACAACCAUCAAGUGUUCUCUUGGAUCAAGUCAAGAAGCCCCACCCUGGACGCCUACUCUAGGGCCAUAAUUGAUGAGUACCUGAAGAAGUCAACCAUCCUUGACACCAACAAAUACAUCGCCAACGACUUUUCACCUGCGGCGUGCCAGGCAGGCGUCGUCAGACCCAUUACUGAAUUCCUUAAAGAAUAA